AUGUUAUCUAUGUUACGCCUUUCAAGAAAUUUGCUACAACCAACAACAUCAGCUAGAGCCUCUCACUUCGGAGCAGUACAUAAUAAAACAAACUUGGAAGCAAAUUUAGAUGUUGAUGAGCUUACCAUAGCAAGCAAAAGUUUUUCUCUUUUCCCGUCUCCCAAAGUGGUUGUACCCACAUUUGAUUUGACUCGAAGACUUGGAGCAUUAUUCUCACAAGCAGUCUACCAACUAGUUUACGAACGAGCCUACACCAAGGAAGGUCUAGUCCGUGCCGCCAAUGAGGGCUUAUCAGUGUUAGGAGCAUGUAUUGCCAAUGAAGAGUGGGAUAGGAUGAGCUUAGUCGCAUCUAAGGAUCUUGUGGAACAAGCUAAAAUAGCUAGGCGGAGAUGCACCGAGCAACAGCUACCCCUGCUACGAUUUAGCCCUGAUGACGUUGUCUUGUCUUUCAUCCAUUCUACUUUACUUUCUGGCAGAGAUUUCCGAAAUAGGAAAGCCGAACAAGGAGUAAUAAGUAUUUAUUUCACUAUUGCCUCUUUCAUUCGUAAAAACAAAUCUGUCCCAUGGGAAGCAACACUACCUCAGCUACUGGAUAAAUAUAAAAACGACGUUAUCGCCUCAAAUGUUACGUUUGCUCGCAAUUUGAGUCCGCUUGGUCAUUGGAAGGCGACAGGAGUCAAUUUUUUCGAAAUUAAUGAUAUAGUUGAACGACGAUGA